ACGGGGCGGGGCGCGCGUAUCGGCGCCGCGGCCGCGUGACGCGUUUUCAAAUCUUCAACCGCCGCAACCCACUCGUUUGUGCUUUGCGCCUUCCUCCUCCGCGUUUUGGAGCCGGAUCCGGCCCCGGAAACCCGACCCGCAGACGCGGUACCUCUGCUGCGUGGAGGCCGUAGCCGGCGGAAGGAGAGAGGCGGCCGUCCUGUCAACAGGCCUGGGGAAGCCGUGCUUUCGUGGCCGCCCAGCGCGACACUUUCUCCGGACCCAGCAUGUAGGUACCGGGCGACUGCCAUGAACUCCGGAGCCAUGAGGAUCCACAGUAAAGGGCAUUUCCAGGGUGGAAUCCAAGUCAAAAAUGAAAAAAACAGACCAUCUUUGAAAUCUCUGAAAACUGAUAACAGGCCAGAAAAAUCCAAAUAUAAGCCACUUUGGGGAAAAGUAUUUUACCUUGACUUACCUUCUGUCACCAUAUCUGAAAAACUGCAAAAGGACAUUAAGGAUCUGGGAGGGCGAGUUGAAGAGUUUCUCAGCAAAGAUAUCAGUUAUCUUAUUUCAAAUAAGAAGGAAGCUAAAUUUGCACAGACCUUGGGUCGAAUUUCUCCUGUACCAAGUCCAGAAUCUGCAUAUACUGCAGAAACCACUUCACCUCAUCCCAGCCAUGAUGGAAGUUCAUUUAAGUCACCAGACACAGUGUGUUUAAGCAGAGGAAAAUUAUUAGUUGAAAAAGCUAUCAAGGACCAUGAUUUUAUUCCUUCAAAUAGUAUAUUAUCAAAUGCCUUAUCAUGGGGAGUAAAAAUUCUUCAUAUUGAUGACAUUAGAUACUACAUUGAACAAAAGAAAAAAGAGUUGUAUUUACUCAAGAAAUCAAGUACUUCAGUAAGAGAUGGGGGGAAAAGAGUUGGAGCUGGUGCACAAAAAACAAGAACAGGAAGACUGAAAAAGCCUUUUGUAAAGGUGGAAGAUAUGAGCCAACUUUAUAGGCCAUUUUAUCUUCAGCUGACCAAUAUGCCUUUUAUAAAUUAUUCUAUUCAGAAGCCCUGCAGUCCAUUUGAUGUAGACAAGCCAUCUAGUAUGCAAAAGCAAACUCAGGUUAAACUAAGAAUCCAAACGGAUGGCGAUAAGUAUGGUGGAACCUCAGUUCAACUCCAGUUGAAAGAGAAGAAGAAAAAAGGAUACUGCGAAUGUUGCUUGCAGAAAUAUGAAGAUCUAGAAACUCACCUUCUAAGUGAGCAACACAGAAACUUUGCACAGAGUAACCAGUAUCAAGUUGUUGAUGAUAUUGUAUCUAAGUUAGUUUUUGACUUUGUGGAAUAUGAAAAGGACACACCUAAAAAGAAAAGAAUAAAAUACAGUGUUGGAUCCCUUUCUCCUGUUUCUGCAAAUGUCCUGAAAAAGACUGAACAAAAGGAAAAAGUGGAAUACCAACAUAUUUCUCAGAAAGAUUGCCGGGAAGAUGAUAUAACGGUGAUGGAGCAGAAUUUCCUGUAUAAAGAGACCCAGGAAACUGAAAAAGAGAUUCUGUUUAUUUCAGAGCCCAUCCCCUACCCUUCAAAUGAAUUAAGAGGGCUUAAUGAGAAAACGACUAAUAAAUGUUCCAUGUUAAGUGCAGCUGAAGAUGACGUAAGACAGAGUUUUACACAGCUACCUCUACAUAGAAACAAACAGGAAUGCAUUCUUGACAUUUCCGAACACACGUUAAGUGAAAAUGACUUAGAAGAACUAAGGGCAGAUCACUAUAAAUGUAACAUAAAGGCAUCUGUACAUGUUUCUGAUUUCAGUACAGAUAAUAGUGCAUCUCAACCAAAACAAAAGUCAGAUAUUAUGCUUUUUCCAGCAAAGGAUCUCAAGGAAAAGGACCUUCAUUCAAUAUUUACUCAUGAUUCUGGUCUGAUAACAAUAAACAGUUCACAAGAGCACCUAACUGUUCAGGCAAAGGCUCCAUCCCAUACUCCUCCUGAGGAACCCAAUGAAUGUGACAUCAAGAAUAUGGAUAGUUUACCUUCUGGUAAAAUACAUCGAAAAGUGAAAAUAUUAUUAGGAAGAAAUAGAAAAGAAAAUCUGGAACCAAAUGCUGAAUUUGAUAAAAGAACUGAAUUUAUUACACAAGAAGAAAACAGAAUUUGUAGUUCACCAGUACAAUCUUUACUAGACUUGUUUCAGACUAGUGAAGAGAAAUCAGAAUUUUUGGGUUUCACAAGCUACACGGAAAACAGUGGUAUAUGCAGUGUUUUAGAUAUUUGGGAAGAGGAAAAUUCAAAUAAUCUGUUAACAGCGUUUUUCUCGUCCCCUUCAACUUCUACAUUUACUGGCUUUUAGACUUUAAAAAAUGCAUACUUUUCAGAAGUGAGAAGGAUCAUAUUCUUGAAAUUUUUAUAAAUAUGUAUGGAAAUUUUUUUUACCAGCUUUGUUUACAGAACCAAAUGUAAAUAUUAAAAAUAAACGUUUGCAAUUUUCUACAGAAUUGAAUGACUGUUACAGAAAAAUUACAGUAUAAACUUGUGACUGGUCUUAUUUUACAUAAUAUAUAUGUUCAUAAUUGUUUCCUGAGUAUUACAGUGAAUAAUAAUUUGCUUGGUCACUGAAAACCACCAGUAAAGUGAAAUUUGGGGAAUAUCAAACUUAGCAUUAUACAUUUGGAUAUUCUAGUUGUAUUGUAAAUUUAAAAAGAUUAUCAGGAUAGGAUGACCUUGCCUUGAAAAACCUGAAUUUCAUACAAAAAGGGAAAAUACAUUUCAAUGUUUGAAUUCUGGAAAUCAUCAGAAAUAUUGACACUUGAGGGUCACUGGUGGACCAUGCUAGUAUUUAGGUGCUCAGUAAUUAGAUUAUGUAUAGUGGUAGCCAGAAGUCAUGAAGGAAAGACUUAACCAGGCUACCAAGUGGAAUAUAAUUUGUCUGCUAUUUUUAAUUAUUUACCUUUGUAAAUAACUUUGAGAAUAUUCAAAAGUUGACUCUCUGGUGGCUCACCCCUGUAAUCCCAGCACUUUGGGAGGCCAAUGCAGGUGGAUCACAAGGUCAGAAGAUCAAGACCAUUCUGGCCAACAUAGUGAAACCCUGUCUACUAAAAAUAUAGAAAAUUAGCUGGGCAAGGUGGCAUGUGCUUGUAGUCCCACCUGUUCCCUCCAAAGGCGGAGAAUUGCUUGAACCUGGGAAGUGGAAGUUGCAGUGAGCCGAGAUCGCACCACUGUACUCCAGCCUGGGUGACAGAGUGAGACUCCAACUCAAAAAAGAAAAAGAUUACCCCCUAAUUUGGUAGGAGAUGAGAAAGAAAAGGAUGGCAUUGAAUUACAGAUACAGUGGUAUAUACAAGAAUUUGGGAUAUAUACAAGGAUUGGCUUGAUCUGGCACUGACAACCACUUGGAGAAAGAAAAUUCAAAUAUAAGAAAUGUCUAUUUGAAUCUGUGGAUAUAAGGCAUUUGCCUUUGAGUAUGUUCUUAUAGGAGUAAGACUACCUACCACCAGUGACAUUCAGUUGGUGCUAUUGCAUAGUACAUGAAUAUAUUGUCACUAAAAAUUAGGUUACUAGUCAUAAUUUUUUUUGAAAUAUAUGAUUCUCAGUAUAGGACUAGUUCAUAUGCUUGUCCUGCAUAUAUUUGACUGUUUGGGCAGCAUCAAUGAAUACUGGCUUUUUAACACCUGUAUUUUUCAUACCAGUACCUUAAGUAGGCUCAAUAAGAGUCUUUACAGUG